CCACACAGAACAGAGGGAGGCUAGUGUAUCGGAAGAAGAGGUUUCUUCCAGCAGUCAAGAUGCAAGUCGCAGCUACGUGGCUCGCUUCAAGUCGGCAAAUAUAUUUCGGUGCCAGAUUAGGGCUCUCGGGCGGAAGAAAGCAAGCUUCCUUAAGCGCAGUUAUUUUGUUAUACCGAUGAUAUUAGUCACGCAAGUUGUCCUAUUAACGACGGAAGAAGUAUUGCUGAGACAUCCCGUGGUUACGUGGAAAAGAGUGGAUGAACUUUUCGACACAUUCAGGGAUCCAGCCCUAUUUUUGCGAGGCAAGGCUAUUCAAGUCGCCGGGCUGAUGGCCUUCAAGAAUGUCACAAACGAGCUACACAAAGCCAUCUUCACACAACGAACCGUCGGAAUGCUGUUGGUGCCCUUAUCCCUGUCGCUUAUGACAUCUGCCUACGUUGAUCUGCCACUAAAGGAACAUACAAGUGGAGCUUUAACGAUCCAACUGAUGGCCGGGUUGUCGUCGGAACGCUACUGGCUUCUCACUUUCUUUUGGGACAUGACUGCGCAUUUUGUCGCCUGCAUUUUUUGCACGCUUCCCCUGUUGUUCUUUGAAUGGGAUAUGCCAAACUGCUUGGAUUAUACUAAAGUUGGUAAGUUAUCUCUGAGUGCUUAGGUGGUUGUCCCAUUGAUGCCCCACGGAAAGGCAUUGAUUGCUGUGUUGCAGUGAGGGUCAGGUUAGCUUCUUAAUCAAGGUCGGUUUUUAUGCGUACUCCUAUGCUUAGAUUUGAAGAAGAUUGAAGUGUUUUGUAACUUUCUAAAUUAACAAUAAUUUAAGCCUGUAAGAAUUGAGGUGCUUAAAACACUAUAGGGCUGUCAUUAAACCAGGUCAGUGGGCAUCAUAAUUAGAAAUGCAUUUGGAUACUGCAGUGUAGCAACAUGUUUCCAACAAUUGGU